CUAAAAGGUUCUAAAAAAGUUUAUCUAUCUUGCUCAAAAACAUGUGUUUUUCUUUAAAAAAUAUCUGUAAUAUUAUUCAAGCUAAAAAGAAAUUUGCCUACAUAUUAUAGAAAAAUUUUGAACUCUCCAGAAAUUUCUACUGAGUGUACAGUGUGUAGUUUGCAGUCGAUUCGUCGAUUCUCAACAGUCGAGACAAAUUUGUAACGAACGAGGUGUUAUAGUCAAGAAACAUUGAAUUAUACGAUUUUAACGUCAUUAUCAGUAGGAUAAUCGAGUGAGUGUUAACUUUCUUUUUUCUUACCAUUAAACGUUUAGAAAUUCUAUUUGUCGCUAAUUUUGAAGGAAGAAAUGUCGACAAAGGCUGACGAGUUAAAAUUGGACAUUGAAGAAUUUAACAAUUUACUUCAAAAAGCUAAUCGUCAAAAAAGCAAAGAUGUUCUCAGUCUUGAAAUUAGGAAGUUGCAAACAGAGUUAGCAAGAUUGAUAGAAGAAAAUCAAAUAUCUCAGACAAAGCCUGCUGUUGCAGUGUCUAACUCUUCUCAAAAGUGUUAUGAAGUUAAACUUAAUAACUAUGGUUGGGAUCAAACAAAUACGACAGUAAAAUUAUACGUCACAUUGAAAGAUGUGCAUCAGUUGGCUAAAGAAGCUGUGACUUGUAACUUUACUGAGAAAUCUUUUGAUCUCCAUAUUCUUGGAUUGAACAAUAAAAAUUAUAGUUUAACAAUUAAUAAUUUAUGCGAAGAUAUUGAUACAGAUAAGAGUAGUGUUAGAACCAAGGCUGAUAUGGUGAUAGUAUCUCUUAUCAAAAAGGUUGCGAAACAUUGGUCACAUGUAACAAGUGUAGAAAAAAGAAUCAAGGAAUCAAAGACAUCUUCAGCUCCAGAUAUAAGUGAAGAUGGUGACCCCAGCACUAGUUUGAUGAAUUUAAUGAAGAAGAUGUAUCAAGAAGGAGAUGACGAAAUAAAAAAGACAAUAGCCAAAGCUUGGACAGAAACUCAAGAGAAGAAAGCAGCAGGAUUGUCAGACUAUUCUUAAUUUCAUGUCUAUAAAUAUUUAGGUUUAUUAUUUUUUUAGGUUAUUAAUGUACAAAAUUAAAUUGUAUUAUGUAAAACAUUAAAAUGUAAAAGUGCUGUAA